AUGGAGUCAACUUCAGAUGAAAAAGCUUUGCCCACCUGUGAUCCCCUGGCUGCUGAUCAUAUUGUUGAUGACACUACCCACAGACGGACUGCCACGUCUCAUAAUGAUGGGAAUGAGGACAGUGAUGGGCAAAAUGAGAACAAGGAAGAUGCUGCAUCAAACCUCUCAAGCUCAAAUUUAAAUAAUGUGAAGCGAGAGAAACCGCUGUUUACCAGUGGAGCGGGACAUUCAGGAGUACGUAUUCCAUUAAAGCUGGGUGAUGGAAGUGAAGACAGUGUCCCUUACACUAUCAACAGAUACCUGAGAGAUUACCAGCGAGAAGGCAUUAGGUUUAUUUAUAAUAACUAUUGCCAUUCGAGAGGAUGUAUCCUGGGGGAUGAUAUGGGCCUUGGGAAGACUGUGCAGGUCCUUGGUUUCCUUGCAGCGGCAUUGCACAAAAAAGGAACUUGGGAGGACAUUGAAAGUAACAAGCCUCACUUUCUGCAGAGUCAGACCUCAUCCAAGCGUAGCAGGCCAAAUAGACUUUUCCUGAUUGUAGCCCCGCUGUCAGUGCUGUAUAACUGGAAAGAUGAACUGGACACUUGGGGCCACUUCCAGUACGCGGUGGUCCACGGGUUGAGGAAACAGGAGGAGCUGGCUCGCGUCAAGAAGGGCCGCGUGGAGAUCACACUCACCACCUAUGAGACUCUUCGCCUCUGUUUGACUCAGUUUAAUAAUAUCAACUGGUCUGCUGUGUUUGUAGACGAAGCUCACAAAAUAAAGAAUCCAAAUUCUCAAAUCACUCAAGCCAUGAAGGGUCUCAAGUGUCAGAUCAGAAUUGGCCUAACUGGCACCAUUCUUCAGAACAACCUUGAGGAGUUGUGGUGUGUUAUGGACUGGGCAGUCCCUGGCUGUCUUGGCAGCUUGGGUCAUUUCAAGAAUAAAGUGUCAGAUCCAAUUGAGCAAGGCCAGAGACACAGUGCAACAAAGCGAGCUUUAGCGACAGCGAGGAAGACUGUCAGUGACCUAGUGAGGAAGAUUUCCUACUACUUUCUCCGAAGGACCAAAACCUUGAUUAAGGAUCAACUUCCCAAGAAGGAUGACAGGGUAGUGUACUGCUCUCUGACUGACUUUCAGCGCAUGGUCUAUCAAACUGUUCUGGACACUGAAGAUGUACAGUUGCUUCUGAGAUCUUCAGAGAACUGUGAUUGCCUAAGUGGAAACACGCGAAGGAAGUGCUGUUAUAAAACAAACUCAGAAGGCGUACCUGCAAAGGAACUGUACUUCACUUACCUGACUGUUCUGAGGAAGGUUGCUAGUCAUGUUGCACUCCUUCAGUCUACCGCAGGCACCAGUAAGAAACAAGAAAGGUGUGUGAACGCCAUUUGUAAAAAGGUGUUCCAGAAGUUUCCAGACUUUGUCCAGAGGUGCAAAGACGAAGCGUUUGAGGCUCUCUCCGACCCGCUGUACAGCGGCAAAAUGAAGGUUUUGCAGAAGCUAAUCAGAUUCUAUCUACAAAAGAAAGACAAAGUGCUUCUUUUUUCACUGUCAACAAAGGUGUUGGACAUUCUGGAGAGCUACUUCAUGGCUGAGGGGCAUGACUAUAGCAGAUUGGAUGGGACCACCAAAGCUAAAGAGAGAGUGCACAUUGUCAAGGAGUUCAACACCUCUGCUCACAUCAACCUGUGCUUGGUGUCCACCAUGGCAGGUGGUCUAGGCCUUAACUUUGUAGGGGCCAAUGUUGUGAUAUUAUUCGACCCAACAUGGAACCCAGCCAAUGACCUCCAGGCUAUUGACAGAGCGUAUCGUAUUGGCCAGUGCAGAGACGUGACUGUUUUCAGGCUCAUCUCAUUGGGGACCGUGGAGGAAAUUACCUACCUCAGACAAGUCUACAAACAGCAAUUGCAAAGCUCAGUUGUUGGCAUGGAGAGUGCGAGGCGGUACUUUGAUGCCGUGCAGGGCACCAAAAAGGGGGAGCUGUUUGGGAUCAAUAACCUCUUUAGGCUUCAGACCCAAGGGACAUGCCUCACACGCAAGAUACUAGAGCGUGAAGGGCAAGUGGAGGCGGGCGUCAUGACAACUAGCACACACACAAACGCGGAGGCAAUGGGGAAGGAAGGCAAGAUGCACUGCGUUAGCGAAGCUGCAGAUGCAUCCAAGGAGAGCUUGGGUGCAUCCAAGGUUCCAGAAGGGCUGGUUGACUUCAGUAGCGGGAGUGAUGAUGAUGUCGAGGAAGAACGUGGAAGUCCCAGUGGAGCGGAUGGCACAGACAGAAUAGAUUCCUCCGCUGGGUCUGGUUCAAACAAUCUGCUGCAGCAUGGUUUUGCCACUUUGCUUCAAAGGCUUAAAGCUAUGCCGGAGUCUACUGAAGAGGACAACACUUCAGGGAGUGAUGGGUGUUCGAAAAGGAAAUCACAAGAGAGAGACAAUUCGGCUCACAAGAACUCCUACAUUGGGAUUAAUGAUUACCCUGAAGAGGGAAGAACAUUCCUAAUGAAUGGAGAUAGAAAACUACGACAGAAAUCAUGUAGGACCAAUUUAGAAGAAAGCGAUGAAGACAGUGCCAAAAGUUCCAAACGUCUGCAGCUUCCCAAAUCCCACCGUUUUGACCAAUUUUCUGAUGAGUCGGACGACUUGGACUUUGACAUGCAGACACGGUCUAAGAGUGAUGCCUUGAAUUCCAACCAUAGACAAGGACACAAACUACGAGGGAAAAUAAUAUGUAACAGAAAGAGAAAAAUAACUAAAGGAGCAAUUUUCUCUGAGAAGAUCGAGUCAUUCACAACUUCAGAGGAGGAGAAUGCCACAAGCUUCGAUAAGGUCAAAGCAGGGCCCCAAAAAGAUGCUCACGUAUCUGGAACAAGCAGAGGUGAAUGUGAAGGUGCCCGAUUCACUGGAAUGAAAAACAAAACAUCUCCAACAUUCAGAGGCACUAUUGACACUGUCUUAGGUGGGGUACAGGAGGUGGCGUACACCCACUCCAACCAGCGUGUGGUGGGUGGGAGCAAAGCUGAGGAGCUGAUCAGUAGAGCCGCAGCCAAGGAUGUGUUUGAGCGCAAGAUGUACUCUCAGCUCCCUGCAAAUGAACUGCUCACCCAUUGUGAGACCUUGCCAGAAAGACCAUCGCACCGCCAGUCCUGCCACGCUCCUGACAUCCAAGAGCUUCCUAAACAUCACACUGUCACUUUCACCAAAAGCAUUGUGCAGCACACCAGAUGUAACACCAUCAUCUUGGGGGAGACACCUCUCGCCUUGCGCAGGCAGCAGUUGCAGGAGAUGGCGUCCAAGUUGAAUUUCCCCUCAGCCAACCAGUUUGCCACCGAGGUUCUGACAAGUGACUCAACUCAGAGGCUGGCAUGGCUGCGGUGCUAUUAUGCCUCACUCGGCGCCCCUGAGCUCGGCAGCUUCGUCACCAGCAACUUCCUACCAGCUGCCGGGGAUCAGACCCCGUCCUCCAAAAACAAUGGAACCAUAAGGCGCAAGUCUAAUCAGAAGUGUUCAGAACCCGAGAAGAAGAAACGGAAAUCACAGAAGAAUGUUCCAAGUGUUAUUCCAAGUUUAGAGCCUGAGGACCGUGAGGAGGCGGUCAGCCAUACGAGAGAUCAUAGGAGUACAAAGAAGGCUAGUAUUGAUGGACUUGGUGGGUGUCAGGCUAGCAGCAGUAGUUGUUCGGACCCCCAGAAGGCGGUGGAUACACCCAUAAACAUGGAGCAAAAAUCAACCACAAAUGUUCAACGUCAUUCCCAGGAGGUUCCCCCCACAAAACAGACUUCCCUUCUUACAGAACUCUUAGGUGACACCUCCAUUCUUGAUGACUUAUUAAAACCCAAAUCCAAGGGUUCGCCCAAAAAGACAUCCAGCUCAGACCUGACUUCUCCACCUCUAUCCAGAAACGACCUUGACAUUCACUCAGGUCCCUGUGACCGUCAUGUUACACAACGUCCAACAUCGAGAGGAGGUCGCAAAGACUUCUGGGACAUUUUGAAUGAGGACAAUGAAGAAAGCAUUAACAAGCUUACUGAUUUGGACGAGGUGCGGAGGCUUUGCAUCAACACCAAUUUGGCAGCUCGAACUCAUUUUGUGGAGGAGGACAGCAAAAAUCUCUGGAAGACCAAUGACAAGUUUCUGUGGAAGAAAUAA